AUGGUUGAACUACCUCCUCAAGUCCAAGUCUUGCCUGCCACCCCACAACUCAAGGGUCUUAUGACUAUCAUCCGUUCAAGGGAUACUCCUCGUGCAGACUUUAUUUUCUAUGCUGAUCGCAUCAUUCGCUUGCUGGUCGAGGAAGGUCUCAACCAUCUCCCUGUUGUUGAUAAGACUGUGUCUACUCCUACUGCUGUUCCUUACAAGGGUAUUGACUUUGAAGGUCGUAUUUGCGGUGUAUCCAUUAUGCGUGCUGGUGAAUCCAUGGAGCAAGGUCUUCGUGAAUGUUGCCGGAGCGUGCGCAUUGGCAAGAUUUUGAUUCAGCGCGACGAAGAAACCCAUCAACCCAAGCUAUUCUAUGCCAAGCUUCCCAAGGAUAUCGAAUCUCGCUAUGUAUUGUUGUUGGAUCCCAUGCUUGCAACCGGAGGAUCGGCAAUGCAAGCUGUCAAAGUCCUUUUGGAUAACAACGUUCGUGAGGAUCGUAUCAUCUUUUUGAACUUGAUGGCCGCACCUGAAGGUAUCGAGACAUUCGUCAAGCAGUAUCCCAAGGUCAAGAUCGUCGUUGGCGAGAUCGAUGAGGGAUUGGAUGAAAACAAGUAUAUCGUUCCUGGUGUUGGUGACUUUGGUUGUCGGUACUUUGGCACUGAUUAA